CACGUCGGUGCUCUCAAAUCGAGCUCCGCGAACCGGGUUGGAUCCGGCCGCGGUGGCCCUCGCCGCGCGCAGCUCUCUCUUCCGGCGACCAGACGAAGGGGUCCUCGCUGCUGACUCGUCUCUAGCUUGCGGUCAACUAUUUACACGCUCGGAACACAUUUUCACCAUGUCUAUCGGUGACCUGAAGACCGAUAAGGGCAUCGAGAACCUUAACGACUACCUCGCCAACCGCAGUUAUAUCGAGGGGUGGCAACCAACUCAGGCCGAUGUUGCAGUAUUUGAGGCACUGGGGAAACCACCAACACAACAAUCUGUGAACUAUCAUGUAAUCCGUUGGUACAACCACAUAAAAUCGUACGAUUUGAAAUCGCUUCCUGGAGAAAAGAAAGUACCUGCCAUCUUUGGCACCUCUAGUGUCCCAGCUUCGUCCACAGGAAAGUCAAACGACGAUGAUGACGACAUAGAUCUCUUUGGUUCGGACGAGGAAGAGGAUGCGGAAGCUGCGAAAAUCAGGGAAGAAAGAUUAAAGGCGUACGCGGAGAAAAAAUCAAAAAAGCCCGCAGUCAUCGCCAAGUCAAGUAUCGUGAUGGACGUGAAGAGCUGGGGAGAUGAAACUGAUAUGAAGGAAAUGGAGAACGCAGUGAGAUCGAUUCAAAUGGACGGUCUUGUUUGGGGUGCAUCAAAACUUGUUCCAGUGGGCUAUGGCAUAAACAAGUUACAAAUAAUGUGUGUGAUAGAAGACGAGAAAGUAUCGGUGGAUUUGCUGAUUGAACAGAUUCAAGAAUUCGAGGAAUUAGUUCAAUCCGUAGACAUUGCUUCGUUCAACAAGAUCUAAGAUCUAAAUAAACAGCUCAUUACUUUUAAUAUUGAAUUAAUAAAUAUUAAUUGUUUGUAUAUACACAAUUUGUUACUCUUUUAAUAUGCCCGAAGGCUUCCUACACAAUGCACUUUUCAAGAGAAUACAAUUCUAUUAGAGCAUCA